AUGGAGGCGUCACACAGAGCCGACACCUUUCUGCUGUCUCUCCGGUGGACUGUGAGCCCCGAGUGCGGACAGCAGGGGCACGUCUCCCACCUCGGGCACCCCCACACAGGGCCCAGGGCCCGGCCCCUGCAGGCGCGUGGGUCAGGGGGCCAGCACCCUACACCCGUGGAAAGCAAGAGUUCUAAAAUGCACCCUGAAGACACCCCUGAGUCCCCACACCCUUGCUAUGUGCAGGCCAGCACAGCCCUGCAGGCCAGCUCCCCCAAGGCCGGCGUGACCCCAACGCAGCUCCUGCCCUGGUCCGCGUGCGCACAGAUGCGUCCUUGCUGCUGCAGCCUGGCGCUGCGGUUUCGUCUGAUGUCAGCCACGUCACCCGGCAACAUCUGGGACAGCUCCCUGACCACCCCGCUCCUCGGGAGGGAGGACCAGACAGCUGCCGCGCGGCCCACGCGGAGGUCGGUGCAGAGGAACUACGGGGUCCGCGCCCGGGAUCCCCCCGCCGCCGCCAGCGCCAUCAGCGCCGUCGCCUCCGACGCCUAG